GUUCGCAUUGGACGUCUGAGAUGUAACCUCGAGUGUCAUAGCAGCAUUUGAGUACUAAUUUAAAUAGUGAUGAAUGAUGCGCUUAAGUAUCCCAUAAGUCAAUUGGUCAUUGGAGAAGAAUGGCUUGUAAAAGUAGCUAAUUAUCUGGAAAAUAAAACUGUCAACGACAGGAUAGAAAAGACAAAUAUAUCAUACACAACAUUUUUGCAGAAAAUAAAAAAUGUGAUCGAUAUAUUUGAAGAAAUAGAAUCAGAUUUGAUCCAUACCGAGAAUAAAAUACAUGAAACUCGUAGAACUGUUUAUACGCUUGGAAAUCAGUUUGACAGAUUAGGUCGAUUCUGCCUGAACGAAAUUCCAUUUGUAGUCCAGAAAGAACAUGAUCAAGCUUCUAAUAAUCUAACUGCUUUAAGAUGGAACAUUAAGAAAACUCAAGAAGAAUACAAUAAAGUAUUUACUAGACUGAGAUCGCUAGCUGCAACAAAAAAGAGUAUUGAAAAUGAAAUUUCACAACUGACAGGAUGCACAAGUCUGGUGAAUGAAAAAUCCUUAAUUACAGAGACGGAACUUAAGGGAAUCAUUGAUCGAACAACUGAAGCAUUAGAAACACUCACAAAAGCGAAUACUAAGUUAAACGAAACACAAAUACGUUAUAAUGCUGUGAAACAAAAAUCUGAAGAGAUUCGAAUGAAUUUAGCUAGCGAUGUUCGUAAAGCUGAAGAAAAUCUAACAAAUGCUCAAAAUAAAUUAAAAGAAGCUAUAAAUAUUGAACCAAUCCUUAAACAAGAAAUAAUUAAUAUGAAAAAUAAAAUUGAAUCUAUUAAAUUAAAAAUUCAAACCUUAACAGAAACAUUUAAACAAAAUGAACAAAUAUUUAAUGAAUUAAAACAACAAUUAAUUGAAUUAAAUAAAAAUUUAAAUAAUAAACAAAAUAUAAUAGAAAAUUUAUUAAUAUGGAUUAAAAAAAAUGAAGAAAAUUUAUUAAAUCAAUUUAAUGAUAAAUUAAAUAUGGAAUUAAAUAAAUUAAAUGAAUUAUUGAAUAAAAAAUUAGAAGAAUUUUCUAAUAUUAAAAUGAAUGAAACACAAUUAAAAAUUGAAAAUGAUAAUUAUGAAAAACGAAUCAUAAAUUAUCAAAAUGAAAUAUCUAAAUUUAGAAAAUCUAUUGAAUUACUUGAAUCACGUUUACUUACUGCACAAGAUUUAUUACAAACUUCAAAUACUGAUUAUAAUCGUACACAAUUAAAACAUUCAUCAGUUAAAGAUGAUUUAGAAUUAACUAAAUCUCGUACAAGAACAGAACAAGAUGAAAAACAAAAUAUGUUAAAAUAUUUACAGCACAAAAUAGAUGAGUUUGAAAAUGAAUGGAAUGAAGAAUAUUCUACAAUGUGUAAUAAAGUUCAAACACUAGAUGAGUCUUUACUGAAAUCUAAAACACAAUUCAGUGAAUUAAAAACAAGAUUAGAAGGAAUGAAAAAUGAGAAGAAUUUUCUACAGGAGAAACAAAAUAAACUUAAAUUAUCACUAUUAGCAUUAAUGAAAGUGAAACUACGAGGAACUACGAAAUUAAGUCAGUUGAGAUGCACGGUUGCUGAUCUUACCAAAACAAAUAAAACAUUGGUCUCAGAAGUAGACAUUUUGAAAAGGCAAACUGAACAAAUGAAUCAACUUCAAACUAAACGUGAAUUACAGCUGUCUAACCUAAUGAAAACUCGUGAUUUAGUAUUGAAAAAACUGAAGGAGGAUUUAAAAGAGAAACUCUCGCUUAACUUAACAUUAUCUGAUCAAUAUAUUAAAAUGCAAGAAGAACAAAGUAAAUUGUUAUCAUUAUUCUACUUAGCUGUAACAAAUUCUAUAUUAGAUCAAAAUCAAUUAUUCAAUGCAGAGCAAAAAAAGGUGAGUUUGACGAUGAUGGAAGAUAUAAUUAUUAUUAUAAAUAUAAUAAUCAUGUUAAUAAUUAAACCUCGUAUUGAAAGUUUAUGUAUUAAGCAAUGGAACAAAUUUAUUAUGUUGCAGUGAAACCGACUUAUUUUGCUUGGUGGUUUUGUGAAGAAAGAAGCUGGGUGUUCAAUUUGUACUGAAAAAUACGUCAUACUGUUAUCCUUCGAAAAUUAUUAUAUUAAAUUCAAAAUCACUUUUUAUUACAGAAUUUACAGAAAUGUAUGGUUAUACAAGCAAUCAUAAGAUGAUAUAAUGUAGAUUACUUACCAGUUAUGAUUGAGAUAGCUGAAUCCAGUCUAAAAUCAACAAUACGGCUAUAUUGUAAGAACAUGGUUUAAAUAACCUUGUGAUGAAACAACAACGGACUUUCAUACCACAGAGUAUUAAGUUGUUUAUUCGUAUUCCUAGAGCCGGUUUCACCAAUUCAGAGUGAAAGUUCGGGUGAAGAUAAACUUCAGUCUUGUUCGCAAUUUCGAACUUGAACCUGACAACCGACCAAAAUGGAGCGAAAACUAUUAUUUAUAAUAUUUUAAUUCAUGUUGGAGGACAUGUUUAGUUCUCUGUCGUUUUUUGCUGGCUUACAUGAUAAAUGUAAAGCUCCUAACGACGAAAAUAGCAGCUCAUUCGGUCAUUAUGGAAGAAAAAUUGCAAUAUGGCAAUAAUCAUUACCUCCAAUUAAUUCUGUAAUUGAAAUCAUUCCAAAAUAUCUACAGCUGAGUGACAAUAUGGACGAAAACACAACCGUAUUUACUGACUAAGAUACAUCUAGAUGACUUGAUAAUGUCGAGUUUAUCCUGACCUGAGCUUAUAUAUUCAUAUUUAUUAUGCUCUUCAAUUAAACUGUUUGGUUGUGUUAUUUUAGUCUGUAAUAAUUUGUUCAUAUUUUCAUACAUAUGUAUCUUCUCGCUUGUACAGAUGAGUAUAAGUAGUUGACAUCCUACGCAUUUAUUGCUUAUACUCGCUCAAAUGUUAAUUACUUAUUGCUUGAUGACUCGCUUGUAUAACGUUGAUUACAUAUUUGGUUAAAUGAUAUUCACUAAUUUAUCUUACACAUUGUGUGCUUACUGGUUGUUUAACUAAAGAUGUGCCAAAAUUGAGCUGUUGAGACAGUUUCGUUUGGCCAUUUGAAAACUUUAUUAUGGUAUUAACGACAGUCAGGUUGAUUAAUAUAAGAAUUCAAGGGAUAGUGUUGUAGAUAAUUUCCAGCAAGCUGAAGAUUAUAGUAUACUAGCUAGUCGUUAUUACUCCGAAUAACAUGUACUAUAGUUCUUUCAGAUAUCGU